UCUGUGAGUUUAGUUUAUGCCUUGCCGUGUCAAUCGUGUCAUUUCAUUGAAUUGAAGUUAAGGCUGAAUGAAGCUAUUCUGUGAAAAUCUCCGUGUAAUGUUUAUUGAAAGUAAUAGCAAAACUUAAUUUUGUUUCUGUUAAAAAGUGUCACGAGAAUUGCUUUUUAUUACACCCUGUGUUGAUUCAACAACAUAGGGUGAAAAUGCUGCGCUUCCUGAGUAGGAGAGGGCGAUCUUCCAGUCAAAACCGCAACAAACAAAAUCAGAAAACUUCCAUCAACAAAAACCUCAUACAAUGUAAGGUAAUGCUACUUGAUGAAACUGAUUUAUCUAUUAAUUUAUCAAAAAAAGCUAGUGCUGCUGACCUUUAUGAACAAGUCUUUUAUUCAUUAGAUUUGAUAGAAAAAGACUACUUCGGUCUGCAAUUCACUGAUACUAACAAUGUUAAACAUUGGUUGGAUCCAACUAAAACUAUCAAGAAGCAAGUCAAGAUUGGUCCACCAUAUACCUUGAGGUUAAAGGUCAAAUUUUACUCUUCAGAACCAAAUAACUUGAGAGAAGAACUAACUCGGUACCAAUUCUUUUUACAACUUAAAAAGGAUAUUCUGGAAAGUAAACUGGAAUGUCCUCAUUCCACUGCUGUAGAAUUAGCAGCCUUGGCACUGCAGUCUGAAUUAGGAGACUUUGAUGAAGCAGUACACACACCAGCCACUGUAUCUGAAUUUCGUUUUGUGCCCAACCAAACUGAAGAAAUGGAAAUCGAAAUUUUGGAAGAAUUUAAAAAGUGUAAAGGCCUUACCCCAGCACAAGCUGAAGUCAAUUAUUUAAAUAAAGCUAAGUGGCUUGAAAUGUAUGGUGUUGACAUGCACAUUGUGUUAGGAAAAGAUGGAUGUGAAUACCACUUAGGAUUGACACCUACAGGAAUUCUGGUUUUUGAAGGACCACAAAAAAUUGGUCUAUUUUUCUGGCCUAAAAUAAGUAAACUAGAUUUCAAAAAGAAGAAACUCACACUAGUUGUAGUUGAAGAUGAUGAUCAAGGACGGGAACAAGAACAUACUUUUGUUUUUCGAUUGCACAAUGAGAAGGCUUGCAAACAUUUGUGGAAAUGUGCUGUAGAACAUCACACAUUCUUCCGCUUACGAGCACCAGUGAAGGGGCCAUCAGCACGUCAGAACUUCUUUAGGAUGGGAUCUCGAUUUCAAUAUUCUGGAAAGACUGAAUACCAAACAACUCAGCAAAAUCGUGCUCGUCGUACCGUACAGUUUGAAAGGCGACCUAGUCAGAGAUUUGCUAGACGACAAAGCCAUGUACUCAGGGAGCGAGAAAAGCAAACCAAUGUUAAGGCAGAUACUAGUGCUGCUGCAGAAACUCCAUUAGAGGCCGCCACAUCAACUGAUGCCACUGCUGUGCUUGUUCCUGAAACAAGUGGGGGAACCUUAUCUAGGAAGAGUAGUGCAAAAUCACAGAGGUCAUCAUUGCUGGAGAAUGAAAUGAAAAUAUCUGAUUUAGGUGAACCUUCUUCAAAGAACAUAGUGCAUGAUGAGCCAUCUGAGGAAGUGCUGAUAUCAAAAGAAGAUGCUAUUAGCAACAAAGUGUUAUUCAAAAUUGAUAAACCUGUUUUGGAGGAAAAGAAAAAUAAUCUUUCUCAACUAGUACUCAACAAGCCAUCUUGUAAUUGUUCUCCUGCAGCAGAUUCGAAUCCAUUGAAUGAUCUACUUAUGAGUCUGGUCAAAGAAAAACUUAACAAUGAUGAUUCUAAGAAUGAAGUAAAAAGGGAUCAGCUGGAUGCUGCAAGUGACAAGGAAGUACCUAAUAAUCAAGCCAAGUGUUAUUUGUCAUCUACUAAAGCCCUACCUCCAGGUCAAUUGAAAUGCAAUAAUAUCUUGAAGGCACGAGAAAAUGAAGUUAAAAUAAUCAAUGAAUCAACAAAUAUCAAUGUGUCUAUUCCAUCAUUACCUUCACCAAAAAUUUUGAAUGAACCUCUAGCUUUGGCAACUAACCCAAGCAAUUCUCAGUAUGUCUCUAUAGUAGUUGUUGAGCCCCCUCUCAAUCAAGCAAAAUUAGCUUCUCCAAAACCAAUUGAGAGGAAAGAAGAAAUAAUUCCGAAAUCUCAACCCAUAUCAUCUUUGUCACCAUGGCUGGUUACAUCUGAGCCAAGUUCUCCUUCAGGUAUUGGAGAAAAAGAGAUAACUAUAAUUCAUCGUAAGUCUGUUAUUACAACUCAACUUUAAAUAAUGUUUAUGGAACAUUUUUUACAGAUUUAUUGAUUACUUUUUUAUAACAUUGUGUAACAAGAAAAUGAAAAAUUAAUGUUAUGUCAUAAUUUUUGUUUUAAGACUGCUUUCCUGAUUAUAAGAUCAACAUAUUAUGAACAUGGUGGAUAAGAGUAACAAUAAAACCUGAAAGAGAGAAGAAAUGCAUAGGUAAUUCAGACUUCUAAUAUUUCCCAAUGUUAAAUGGUGAUUAUAAUUUCUCUAAAAGUCUAUAGAGCUGUUGGGAAUCUUGUAGCUAUAAUUUAUCCAUCUAUUACCCACACAUUCGGCAUUUAAACAUAUAGUAGUAUGUCGUUAAAAUUUAAACAUUCAUUUUAAAUUUUUUAAAGCUGGAGACGAUUAAUUUUAUGAAAUAAUAAGGCAAAUUUAAUUAUUAAUCGAAAUAAAGGUUCCAUAAUUUUAAUUAAUAAUGAUAGAUAUUCUUUAUCAAUGUUCAAUUUUCUAUUUGAUGACAUUUUAUAAGUACCUAUUAGUCAUGACAAUUUAAUAAUUAUUAGUGCUUUGUUAUAGUAAUAUCAUAAAAUGUAAAACCCAUGUUAUGUGAGCAGUGAUAUAUUAGUGCCUUAUAAAUUCAUAUGCAUUCCUAAUAACAUUUUAAUAAUAUUUUAUUUUUUUACAAUAUUUCCAUACCAUAUUAAUUAAUUUUAGGUCUUCUCAAUAUUACAAAAUUCCAUUUCACUUUAAGUUUCGCAAGAAACCCUAAGUGAGAUGUCUCUUUUGAAAUGUUAUUGCACUGAUCAUAGUUAAAAUCGAAGACUCGAAUUGUAAAGAAUUAUUUACCUUUACUUUUGAGACAUUUAUUAUAAUUAUCACUACAAUUUAGACAUUUAAAAGUGAACUUUAAAUCGGUUAAGAUGUAAGAUUGGUACAAACUAAGUACAGAUAUUUAGAGGGUGGAUAUUUACUCAAAUCUUUUUUAUUAAUUAUCGAAGUGUUUACAGUACCUAUCUGCUGUUACAACCAUUUUCAUAACAUUAGUAAAUUGCGCUAGCAAAGCUCAGUACCAAAUGUGAUUUUGUAAUACGAGAACAGCUUGUUGACGACACUUAUUGGCAUUAAUUUUUUGUUAUGUGUCGUGCCUUGUUCUGCGCUCUGCGAGGCUUUUUUUACUUUUUGAAAUGAAUUUUGAUAUAAAAAUUAGCAUUAUUUAUAAGCAUUCCAUUUAUUUAUAAUGUAUCUAUGUACUUACAAUAACUUAUUUGUGAUAUGACCGUCCAUUACAUUAUUUUUGUAAUAGCGUUUAUUAAAAUGCUAUUCCAUUAAAGGCAUAGUUCAAUUACUAACAAAAGACAAAAUCUUUAAAAAAGAUGUACCUAAAUCUUUUUAAUGAGACAUUCAAAAUCGCAUUUAGAUUUGGGCCAUAUAAUUAGUCUAAAUAUUUAGGCAAGAAGUUGACAAAGUACAGAUUUUAAUGACUAAUAUAUUUACAUCUGCCUGCUUGCCGUUUAUCAGUGAGUUUUAUUUGUCAGUAUUAAAUUAAUAUAUCACCGAUAAAAAUGGGUGCCAUAGUUAUUGAAAAAAUAUCGAUCGGAUUAAGUUACGUGAUAAUUUUAUCAAUCCCACAACAAAACGUAGAAUAAUUUCGGAAACCUGCAUGAAUAAAGUAUACAACAAAAUUUACAUAUACUAGUUAGGUCAAGCAGUGCCAAUACGUGAAUUAUAUUUUAUACAUACAAAUAAAAAAAUUAAGUGGAAAUGAUAAGAUAAAUAUAAGUAUUUGAUAAAGGUGCUUGGGAAAUGAGGGAUCAACAAUAUAUAGCUAUAUGUUACGCUUGCUGAAAACGCUCAUUGAGCAAAACGUUCAAACUUUUUAUAUAAGUACAGAAUCCAAUAACCAGAAGAUCUUUUUAAAAAGAAACCAGAAUGUGUUGUUUAUUAUUACCCAAAAUAUAUGUGUAUGGAAUCUGAAGGCUAAUUAGUUAAAAUGUGAAUAAACAUGUGAAUAUUUUAUGGUAUUAUAACAUACUGAUAAUAACUAAACGAGCAUUUCAGACUGCGAAAGGUAUACCUAUAUGUUUAUUAUUAUUUAUAAGCAUUAUUAAAAAUAUUCUUUAAAAUGAAUCUCAUAUGCGCUAUUUUUACAAACGCAUCAUUUUACCGCUUACAAUAGUAUCGGUCGUUUUAGUACCUUCUUAAUUAAAAGUAAUAUUAAUUGAUUGUAAAACCGAACCUAAUCCAGCCCCCAUGGAUGCAUGACACUUUUGCUGUCCCGUUUCACGUCAAAAUAAAAAAGUGAAACAGCGAUAGUUUUACACGCGAUAAAAAAGACAUCGCGCGUGCCAUGCUGCGGGGACAGGAUCGUAGUAAUAGGCGGAAUAUCUAGGAAAAUGUUAGGGACUUUAUUAAUGUCUUGUUUCCCGUAUGCGUAAAUGUAGUUAAAAUAUUAUCAUGUAGUACUUAAGUUUUUAUUAAAAAUUAUGUUUUUUUGAGCCAUUCAUAUAUUAUUAUUUUAAAAGUUUUGGUGCUACGCUAAGUUUAAAGUUGAUCAGAUAUAUUUUCUUUGGGGGAAUUACACGUAUACGGAAUAUGUUUUAGAAGUAAAAACCUGUAUGUAAUAUAUGAUAUUUUUUAAAAACUGACAUUUAAUUGGGUGUUUAUUUUUUCAGUGCCGUGUGGUUCCCGGCACCAAUUCAAAAAAGAAUAGGACCACUCCAUCUCUUUCCCAUGGAUGUCGUAAAAGGCGACUAAGGGAUAGGCUUACAAACUUGAGAUUCUUUUUUUAGGCGAUAGGCUAGCAACUUGUCACUAUUCGAAUCUCAAUUCUAUCUUAAAGCCAAAUAGCUGAACGUGGCCUAUCAGUCCGCUCAGGACUGUUGGCUCUGUCUACCCCGCAAGGGAUAUAGACGUGAUUAUAUGUAUGUAUGUUUAUUUUUUCAAACUAUCUUUUUGAAAACUUUAUUCAUUAAAUACUCUUUGAAACAAUUAAAUUUGCAUGGGAUGUUAUAAAAUUUGUUCAGUGCGCUCAUCCCUUUGGGUACUUAGGCAAAAGUACUUAGGUUUCAAGUUAUAUGUUAUCUUGGUUAUCUUAUUAGCGUGCAUUGUUUUAUGGUGAACAAAUAAAUAUUACUCACUAA